AUGCGGCGAAGGGCACUUCCCAUCUACGAGCCGAGCUUGUUUAGACGACUGCCACAGCAUUUGUUCCAGUUCAACCCCUCAAGGAGCAUAACCCACUCGCUCAUCCUCUUGCAGCAGCAGUCACAAGACCUGAAAGACAAUAGGGCGGAUAAAGGCAAUGAAAAGCACAAGGAACACAGACAUCACAUACCCAGCCCGAGCGAAAUCAUCCCGCACGUCACUAAAGAGCAGUUGUUGGCAAGGGCAAACAACUUCUAUUCGCGAUUGCGAGUGCGGAUCAAGUGGUUGCUAAAAAAGUCGAACCGACCCUACAACACCGACGAUUACUCGGCGUUCUUCUCGUGGCUCGUGGUGGGCAAUGUGCUCUUGUUCUUUCUUGCCACCACCACGUUUGUCUCGAUUGUCAUUUUCACGGCCAACACCGUUUUUGCCCAGGAGUUUGUGGCAAAGAAGAUAGGCGAGUUUAUCACCAAGAAUUCAAACAUGACCGUCACUUUCGAAAGUGCUAUAGUUCCCGGAUGGUCGGAUGGCAAGAUCAGCUUUAGGAAAUGUUUCGUCAGUAGGCGCCCAAAGAAGAUUGAGAAAUUCACAAAGGGGUCGCAACAGGAGGCUUACGAGAAAAGCUUGCAAAACUAUAGCAAGGAGGAGGAUACCGAGGACCAAAAGGACUUCUUUGAAGAUGAUGGCAACUACACCCAGUUUGACUUGACCAUCGAAGAAGUCAACAUAUCGCUUUCAUUCAACAAAUGGGUGAAUGGAACGGGCAUCAUUGAAACGAUGGACAUGAAAGGAUUGCGAGGAGUUGUAGAUAGAACACACGUGCGUUGGGACCCCAACGAUGACGCGAGAAACUACAAAAACGUUUACCAGCCGGGAGAUUUUGAAAUCGAGGAUUUCAAGAUGGAAGACAUUUUAUUCGAGUUGAAGCAACCAAACGAUUUCCGGGUCUUUGACGUGGCGAUUUUCAACUGUGAACUUUCAAAGUUGAGAAAACACUGGCUCUUUUACGAUUUUUUGAACGCCAACGUUAUGAGCGGCUCAUACGAUAAUUCCUUAUUCACGAUCCACAAGAAGCAGCGCUUGACCGAUUUCGCCACCGACUCAUCUGAACCAGGCGAUUUUUCGAGCCAGUGGAAGAGAAUCACGUGCUUGAGAGUGGAUGGUUUAAACAUUGACCACCUCAACAAAGGGUUGGAGGGCCCCUUUGGGUGGAUCACCAGCGGUAAAGUGGAUUUACUUGGCGAGAUUAUGGUUCCACAAGAGCACAGCGAGAUAACGGUUACCGAGAUUGUCAACUCAAUAGCAAGCUCAAUUAAAAAAGAAGCAACUCGAUAUAAAAACCCCGAAGUUCACUCCAAGCACCCAGAUUUGCACACAAGAUUAACAAGCAACGACUAUAAAGACAUUUCCAAAUAUUUUGUGCUAGAUUUGACUCUUAGGUUGAACAAUGUCAGAGCCACAGUUCCAUUCAAGGCCCCCGAACUCACCUAUGUCAACUAUGCCUUGAUACGGCCAAUCGUCGCUUACAUAAACUCCAAAAACACAUUUAUUGAGAUCCACAACCGAAUCGUUAAAAAUAUACUGGACUUUGAUGGCUCGUGGACGCUCUACGACUCUUUGCUCAUGGAUGAUAUAUCGGAGGAAGUAUAUGACAAUUUUGCCGAGUACGUGGUUGACGAGGAAGCCCGAGUCAUGAGGGCCAAGAGGGUUGGCUUCUGGUCGCUUCAAUUGUUGGCGCAGAUGGUACUUCUAGGACUUGGAACAUUGGCAUGA